AUGGAUGAAAUUGGAGAAUAUGAAAACAAUUUUACUCUAAAUGAGGCAGUACAGAAAGACACUGAUGUUAGUGUUGAAGAAAUUGAUAACGAUGGAAAAAUACUCAAUAAUAAAACUUAUCCUAACUCAUUUAUAACUUAUCUAAUAGGAGAUUUUGAACUGAGUGGAGACAGGCAUAAAUUAAAAGUUGUUUUCAAGAUAUGCGAAGAUGAAACUACGUCAGAUACUACCACUAAAAGUGUCAUAACAUCCAAGAAAACAACUAAUUUCGGAUCUGUAAAUGGCACUGAAACUGUCAUACAAACUGAAGAAACAACUCCUUUCGGAUCUGAAUUUGAUACUAGAUCUGGCUCGCCAUCGCAAAAAACAACUAUUGCUGGAUCUGAUUCUACAACUAAACCUGUAGUAACAGCCAAAGAAACAACUCCUUUCGGAUCUGGAAUAGAUAGUACCAUUGAGACGGAAUCAUCUGGAGAAACAACGGUUUCCGUAUCAGACUCUACCACUAAAUUUGUCGUAGCAGCCAAGGAAACAACUACUUUUGGAUCUGAUAGUACCAUUGGAGCUGAAUCAUCUGGAGAAUCAACUGUUUCAGUAUCUGAUACAACCACUAAAACUGUCGUAACAGUUAAUGAAACAACUCCUUUCGGAUCUGGUUCAACGGAUUACCUAUCUAAUUUUACUAAAACUUCCACAGAGAGUAAAACCAAAUCAACGACACCUGUUGUUACAACUGCUUAUAAAAGACCCGUAGAUAUUUGUGAAAAGAUCGAAAACAAUGAUUGGCAAACUGUUUAUUCGAAAGAUAUAUUGGGAGUUGAUUUGCCUAAUAUAUUGUAUGAAUACAAAUAUAUAUAUAGAAUAUGCAAAAUUAACAUAAUUUAUUUUUAA